GACGUCACAUCGCGGGAAUAAAUAGCGCGAAAUCUGCUGCAUGAUUCGAUCGAAAGUUACAAUCAUGGCUACUUCCUCGCAAAGUACAGCUUCAGAAUCUUCCUUCAGUGAUGAAGUCACAAAGUUGAUGGGCAAAGGACGCCGUCAUCUCGUUUGCAACGAAGUCGUGCAAGCUGUCAAAUGCUUUGAGGAAGCAACUCAGAAGUUAGAUGGCAAAUACGGCCCAGGUGCUGAUGAAUGUGGUGAAGCAUACCUCUUCUUUGGAAAGUCCUUACUAGAACUGGCAAGAGCAGAAAAUGGUGUCCUCGGAAAUGCACUGAAAGAUGCUGAACCAAAAAGUGAAGAAAGCAGCGAUGAAGAGGAGGAGAAGAUGGGGGCAGUCGGACCAAAGAUCAGUGAGAUGAGUCCGAGUGCCAAAGAAAAGAUCCGGGAUGAUGUACAAGAUGCCAUGGCUGACAAAGAAAAUGAUGAUGCUGAGGUGAAAGAUAAUGAAAAGGAUGGUGCUGCAGUGGAAGAAAGUGAGAUAGAAAAAGAAACAAAAUCAGAGGAAGAAGCUAAAGAAGAAGAAGCAGGUGAAGGAAAGGAAGGAGGCAAAGAUGAAGAAAAAGGAGCAGAUAAGGAUGAGAAAGAAGAGAUGAAGGAGAGAACGGAAGAAAAAGAGAGCCAGGAAGCUAAAAAGGGGGAGGAAGAAAGCAAAAAGGGGGCUGAAGAAGCCAGGAAGGAUGAAGGAGAAAAGAAGGAGGGUGUGGAAGAAGGCAAGGAGGGUGCUGAAGAAGGCAAGGAGGGUGCUGAAGAGGGCAAGGAGGGUGCAGAAGAAGGCAAGGAGGGUGCUGAAGAAGGCAAGGAGGGCGAGGAAGAAGAUGAAGAAGGGGACGAAGAAGGGGAUGAAGAUGAAGAUAUGGAAGGUGUGGAAGAGGGAACUGAGGGAGAAGGGAAAGCCAAUGGAAAUCAGAAAGGAGAAGAACAAGAGGAGGAAUUGGAUGUCCCAACUAUGCAGUCAGCUUGGGAAUUCUUGGAAUUGGCUCGUCUCAUCUUUGUUAGACAAGAAAACAAAGAAGCUCAGCUGAAUUUGGCUGAAGUUCACCUUAAACUUGGAGAGAUCCAACUAGAACAAGAACAAUUUGUAAAUGCUGUAGAGGAAUUCCAGUCAUGUCUUGAUCUUCAAACAAAACAUUUAGAAGCUGAUGACAGACUCAUUGCGGAGACAUCUUAUAGCAUGGGACUAGCUUACAGUUUACAACCAAAUCACACCAAGGCACAUGAAUUCUUUAGCAAAGCAUUGGAAUGUUUAAAACUCAAAAUAUCCAAGCUAGAGGCACAUGUCGCAGAGUGGGAGUCAAAGAGCAAAGGGAAAGGAAAAGCAUCAGAUAAAGAUCCUUGUGUUGCGGAUAGAAAAGAACUUGAGGAACUUGAGAAUUUGUACCCUGAGAUCAAAGCAAGAGUGGAUGAUGCACAUGAAAUGAUGAAUUCAGCUCCAAAAGAGCAGGAGUCAGUAACAACAGAGGGCUUUGGAACAAGCAGCACAGAAGGUGUUCCUACAAACACGAUACCAGUUAAACAAACUGCCACUCUUAUACCAGUGCGCAGAAAGAGAAAGCCUGAGGGGGAGAGUAGUAGUUCUGUGGGGCAGGACACAGAGGUACCAGUGAAAAAAGCUCGGCAAGAAGAGGAGCAGCCAAAACCAGCUCCUGCUGUCACAGAAAAUGGACACGAUCCUAAUGGAAACGGGAAUGCCACUGAACAAAAGUGAAAUGUAAUUAAUAUAUUUGUGUAAAUAAAGAAACCAGUUUGUUUACUCUAAUAAGAUGAAUAAACAUUUUUGCACCACCUUAUUAUGUGACUACUUUUGUCACUACUGAGGCAUGAAAGCAAUUGCAUUUCCUGGUUUGAAGUAAUCAAGACUCUUUUACAAGAGUAAGGGCAGUGAUUUCAUUCAGUCUGGUAGGGUUUCCAUCUUUAUAUCAAGAGAAAACCAAGAAGGAAAGGACACAUAUUAGAGGAAAGUUGCAUUUUUCAAUGCAUUAAAUAGGGUUUGCAUUUCACUGGUUACAUUUCGAUCCACGACUGCAAAAAAUUCUCCCGUUGGGGUUGUUACCUGAAGCUCUCCAGAUUCUGACUUGACUACUGACCAAAACAUUCCUUUCCUCCCUGUUUUCAUACCUUGCAUCUUAAAAUUUACUAACAUUUCUAGACCUGUCAUAGUGAAGAAAUGGUGACCAAAGCCUAAAACAUUACCUUGCACGACAUUAAUCUGCAUUUGAAAAAGAAAAAGGAACCAAUUUCUAGUUUCUCUGAACAGUAAUGCUAUUGUAUCAUUUAUGCACAGCUGAAAAUGGUAAACUGGUAUCUGUGCAACAGAUUAAUAUUAGAGUUUCAUUAAGAUCUUGAGAAUAAAGGAAAUGAUCACCUACAUAAGGUUUGAUUGAUAAUAAAUUCUCCUUGUCAGUACCAAAGGAAAUAGAAAAGAGUAUGGAGAAUAUAACGCUGUCACUUGGAUGUAGAGGGUAAAAAAGUUUUGAUCCAAAUAGUUCAAAGACUUACAUGUGAUAGAACUCGCCACUCUAAAUUUCAACCACAUCAUUAAUGUCAACCUACAAACUGAUGAACUUACUCUCUUUAUGCUGAUGGUGUACAGAACUAAAAAAAAAAGGUCGGAUAAAGGGGGAGAGAGGUGCAGUGAGGGAAUAAAAAUAACACCAGGACAAAGUACUACCUAACAUAUGCAUGCUACUCGCAAAAAACCAAUUAGACCAGUGUGACCAGUUUACUCAAUAGAGAUCUUGGUAUGGUGGGUUUGAAUGCACAAACUAAUUUUUUCUAUGAAACUACUCCUUAAGGCUUACUUGUAAAGUAAAUAAUGCCCAAGGGGAGGAAACUGAUUUAAUCUUCCAAGAACUUUCCAAAAAUAAACAAUAAAUGAAACAAAACUAAAGCAAAUUAACUGGCUCCAAUUCCAUUUUACUCUUUAAAUUUUAUUGCCCUGGGUUAAUUCUAGAUUAUAAAUAAACUUACAAGGCAUGGGUAACCUUCUAGAAUAUGUAUAUUUUUUCAAACUUUAAGAAACAACCAAGGGGCAUUUAAAACAUGUAGUGACUAAUGAACCCAGAGUCUGAACAUUGGUUGCUUUGCGAUGGAAAUCAUUUUGGAAGACACAACUAAAUUGCAAUGAUAUUUUUUUGCUGAGAAUGU